ACAUUUUCCUUCAACCCGUCUACGAUGAGAAUUACAGCAUAAAACCCCUGCCUCUCUCUCUCUCCACUCCUCACCGUUGUUCUUUGCCAUUCAAAACCUAAAAUCGAGCUUCAAUUCUCUCAAGGGCCAAGGUUUGUGAUCUCUCCACCGAUCGAUCCGAUUCAAUUUCAUCUAUUUUUCUUUAAUUCUAUAGAUUUUGCGAAACUCCUGAAUUGGGGGAGGGAUUAAAUAUGGGCGGCGGCGGUGAUGGUGUUGUGGCCAACGACGGAAGCGAAUCGAACAGCAACGCCGGCGGUGAUGGAGUCACCAUCAACGUCCGAUGCUCCAACGGUUCGAAGUUCACCAUACAGGCAAUUCUCGAGUCCACCGUCGGAUCGUUUAAGUCCGUCCUCUCUCAGAACUGCGAAAUACCUGUGGAACAGCAGCGACUGAUUUACAAAGGCAGGAUCUUGAAGGACGAUCAAACACUGGAAAGCUACGGUUUGGAGGCAGACCAUACUGUUCAUUUGGUUCGUGGUUUUGCACCUGCUGCAUCUGCAAACGUUACAGGUGCAACCAACACUGGCACUCCAAAUACCACUUCUACUGUAACAAGAGAUGUUGGAUCCAAUGAAGGUGGGGCAUAUGACGGAUCCAACUUUGGAGCAUCACUAUUUCCUGGUCUUGGUUUGAAUGGAUUAGGAAGUGGUGGUGGCCUAUUUGGAGCUGGACUUCCGGAGUUUGAACAAGUGCAGCAACAGUUGACACAGAACCCCAACAUGAUGAGGGAUAUUUUGAACUUGCCGAUUGUUCAGAAUCUUAUGAAUAACCCAGACAUUAUGCGAAACUUGAUGAUGAAUAAUCCUCAGAUGCGUGAAAUUAUUGAUCGCAAUCCGGAGCUGGCGCACAUUCUCAAUGAUCCUAAUACUCUCCGUCAGACAAUGGAGGCUGCACGAAACCCUGAACUCAUGCGUGAGAUGAUGCGCAACACUGACAGAGCUAUGAGCAAUAUUGAAUCUUCUCCUGAAGGAUUUAACAUGCUCAGGCGCAUGUAUGAAAAUGUCCAAGAGCCGUUUCUAAAUGCAACUACGAUGGCUGGGGACACUAGGAAUGAUUUAGCCUCAAACCCAUUUGCAGCUCUUUUGGGAGUCCAAGGUGAGGGGGCAGGAAGAAAUCAGACGACUAAUCCUACGACCAAUGGUUCUGAAAUAUCUGCUAAUUCUCCUGCUCCAAAUACUAAUCCACUUCCGAACCCUUGGUCCUCUGCUGCUGCUGGAGGUGCCCAAACAAACACCACUACAAGGUCAAAUCCUGCUGGUGAUGCUAGGCCAGUGCCACCUGGUGGCUUAGGUGGACCUGGCUUCUCAAAUUUGGACCAAAUGCUAGGUGCCAUGCCCGAUCCCUCUUCAUUGAAUCAGAUUAUGCAGAAUCCUGCUGUACCAGAGAUGUUGCAAAGUCUCCUCUCCAACCCUCAACACAUGAACCAGGUUUUUGGUCUCAAUCCGCAACUUUGGAACAUGCUUGAUUCCAAUUCCCAGCUUAGAGAGAUGCUGCAAAACCCUGAAUUUGUUCGGCAACUGACAUCCCCCGAGACAAUACAGCAACUCUUGACUUUUCAGCAAGCUCUUAUGUCUCGACUUGGUCGGCAACCAUCAGCCCAGGAACCAGGUCAAACUGGUGCAGGGACAGGAGCACUUGAUAACACAGGGUUGGAUAUGUUGAUGAACAUGUUUGGUGGACUUGGUACUGGAGGCCUGACUGUUCCCAACAGAUCUAAUGUGCCCCCGGAAGAACAGUAUGCUACUCAGCUCUCACAGCUACAAGAAAUGGGGUUCUUUGACACUCAGGAAAAUAUACGGGCUCUGAUUGCCACUGCAGGGAAUGUUCAUGCUGCUGUGGAGCGGCUUUUGGGGAACCCUGGGGGUGGAUAAUGGUUGUUUGGACUUUGAUUUCCCCGGUUCAAGAACAAAUAAAAGGAAGAUAUUUGAGUGCCUUGUACAUACGCUAUCACAAUCUGUAUCGUAAAUCAUUUGCAUGACAUACAAUAGUUUUUCCUGUCUAUUAUAAUGUUAAGUGUACCCCUUUUUUUUCUUGCAUUGCUCAGCAAGGAAAAUUCAUGGUGUACUGGAUGAAUAUCGCGAACUAGUUCAACUUGCUAGGGCUUUUUGGUCCCUUUUUUAUCGGCUGGAUCUCUUGGUCAAAUGCAACGGUUUUAUUGUAAUGUUGCUGUGAGAUUUUCAUCUUCCUUUAUAAUUUUGUAUUCUGUUCAGUGCAAAUGGCAUUGUAUUUCAAUUUAUGGAUGUGGU